AUGAGUGACGGUGAUGCGAGUUCUGUACCUAUUCGACAACCCUAUCAAACGCGCUACAAGCUACCACUGAUGAAUUGGAGUGUGCUUCGUAGUCAACAACUCCGCAAUACCAUCUUCGUCGGUAUGAACGAUGAAAAGAUUAUUGAAUCACUGGAUAUGGAUCGUUUUGAAGAACUCUUUCGUCUCUCCUCGAAUUCUAUUCUUUCAAAGGCACCUAAUGAAAGUAAAUCGGUCACCGGUAAUGGUGAAAAUGCUCCCGAUUCUACAACCGUGGUAGACGGUGAUUCUCGCAAUUCCGUAACUUCUAAGAAGGUCGCAAAGAAACGACUUAUGGAUGCUAGCCGCCUCAGGACCGAAUUGGAGAACAUUAGCUGCAUGGUGUUGGUGGAAGACGAUAUUUGCUGUAGUGUGGGAAUUGUUUCAUCUGAAUUAGGUCUACAGAAGUUGAAUGUCAUUACAGGGUUAAAAAGGGAAGUGUUUGCAGUGCCUUGGUGA